UGUCCCAUCAUUAUUUAUUCCCAAAGUUUUGUUAAAAUGGCUGGAUUUCAGUUGACUGAUCGGAUUUCGAAGCAAGAUCUGUUCGCUUGUUUAUGCAUUUGGAUGGAAGAAAAUCCAUUUUCCUCGACAGAAUCCCAAAGAACGAGACAGGAAACUCUUCAAGGAGAACACAAUGGUUGCCUGAGAGGCCAAGGUCUCAAUAAAGUCGGAGUUGUAGUUACAGACCUAAACGAUCAGAUUAUCGCGUUGGAUUAUUCGCGGGACAGCCUUCAUGGCGUAAUCAAUGUUCUUGUGGAACGUCCAAAUAAAUUACGAGGUGGCAUUGUUUACACUUCAAGGAAACCUUGUUCUCUAUGUAUGAAAUACAUGGUACAAAUGGAGAUUAAUAGAGUGUAUUUUUUGCCCUUUGAGCCUGAAGUUCCUACACAGGAAGAUGCCAUCCGGUGUGACAAGUUGAGCCGUGUUUGUUCUAUAGCCCAGUCUUUAUACAUACCUACAAUCACUACAAAUGAUUUACAAGAAUCGUCUCAAAAACGAUCUCCUUACACUACAUCUAAAGGAUCUUAUAAGGAAUACAAACAGCAUUUAGUACACUGCUAUUGGGGCGAACAGUGGCUUGAGAAAAUAUCCAAAGUAUGGCCUGGCUUUUUUGAAGUUACUGAGACUAUUAACCAACAAAUCUUGAAUAUGUUUGAAUUUCUUGCAAAAGUUACUAUUUCAGAUAUCCCACAUGAAACUAGCUUUCGGAAAUAUGGUUCCCCAAAUGGGAUUGUAUCAGUGAAAAGGAAUGAUGAAAUGGGAAAUGAAAGUUGUCCAAAAUGGCAGGAAUUUGCCUGCUAUAUGUCAAGACUGGCACAUAUCUUGGCUCAAAGGUCUGAUGAUCCUACACGUGGCGUAGGUACAGUGAUUACUAAGAAUGAAGAAAUCAUUGCUGUGGGYUGGAAUGGCUUCCCUGCAAAAGCUAUGUAUGGUGACUUCCCMCGWGCAAAAGAUACSGAUGUCCACRUAAAAGACAAGAAAUACCCCUAUAGUAUCCAUGCUGAACAAAGUGCCAUUCUCACAAGGUUUUUUGAUGACAUAAAAGAUAAGACAACAACCCUUUUUGUUACCAAGAUGCCUUGUGAUGAAUGUGUCCCUGUGAUAUCUAAGGUUGGGAUUAAGACUGUGGUGUUUCCUCCAAAUAGACCAAAGAGCCAUUCAACAUUUCURCAAUAUGGACGGUUGGAGAAGUUGAUUGCAGAAGGUCAAAUCAAGUGUUAUACCUCAACUACGGCAUUGUGCAACACAGCCGCCAGAAAUCUAGUUUCAAAUGGAACAUUAUGAUAACCAAGAACCAUUCAAUUAUAGUAAAUUCUCCUUUACAAAUUUUGUAAAAAAUAAUACUAUUUUGUCAAUUAAUAACAAAUUUUAGUUAUAUCCAAUGAUAUUUUAUUCUGAAAAUUUUUAAAUUAUUUGUAUCCAAAGAAAGGGAAAUGGAAUUAACUGGAUGAAUAAUGAAGGGAAAUAAUUAUAAAUAUUUAUCCUUUAGUUAAUUCUAAUAAAUAUUUGCUUUUAUACC